GGAAAUAGGGAGGGAAUAGAAGCGGCGCGUGGGUCUAGGAGGAUCUUCGAAUUGCAGCUAUGGGUCGAGUCAAGCACCAGGAAUCAGAGGAAGCGCCGGAGACCGAGGCAACAACCCCAGAACGGUCGUACCACGAGCUGGUCGCAAACGUAAAUGCUAUUGCGCGGCCGCUAGCUUCUCGGAAGCUCACACGCAAACUCUACAAGUGCAUCAAAAAAGCAUCGAAGUUUAAACAAAUCCGGCGAGGGGUGAAAGAAGUCCAGAAAUUCAUCAACAAAGGCGAAAAAGGAAUCACAGUUCUUGCAGGAGACACAUUGCCUAUUGAUGUUUAUUGCCACAUCCCCAUCAUGUGUGAAGACAGGAGUCUUCCCUAUGUAUAUAUUCCAUCUAAAACGGAUUUGGGAGCAGCAGCAGGCUCAAAACGCCCAACCUGCGUUAUCAUGAUAAAGGCUCAUGAGGAAUAUCAAGAAGCUUACAACGAGUGCUUGGAAGAAGUGGAGGCUCUUCCCCUUCCUUUGUGAAGAACAUUAAUAACAGACGCUAUUAAGACUCCAAUAUGAUAUAAUAUGCUGGAUUCUGUAGACUUUAUGUGGUUAAAUAUCAGUUUCAUGCCAGUUUGGUAUGACAGUUGGCUUUGAUUGUUGAGCUGAGGAAUAUAUCAAAUGACCUACUGAGAGUCCAGGAACCAUGGCAGCUAUACUGUAAUCGUCUAUUUUUGAAGAGUUUGGGUAGCAAUACUUGCUGGAAAUUUGUGUUAAAAUGUUGCUCUAAAAGAAUUCUAGACCAUUAGGAUAAAGCAGGGGUAGACAACCUUGAUUCUUUUAUGAUUUGUGGAUUUCAACUCUCAGAAUUCCUGAGUCAGCAUGGCUGGUUCAGGAAUUCUGGGUAUUGAAGUCCACAAGCCAUAAAAGAGCCACGGUUACCUGCCCCUGGCAUAGAGGAACCAUUAAGUAAUAAAGAGAUUUGUAGAUAUAUUGGCUUUAUCCAACUCAAUAUACUAUAGACUUUAAUAUCACACGAUCUUACUUGCUUACUCCAAAGUACCUUCCAGUUUUGUUCCUCUCUGCUUGGAGUAGAGAACAUUUUUUGCAUGCUCUCUUAUGCAUACAGAUAUGCUCUUGAAAAUUAAAAAAUACAAGUCAUCUAUAGCCCCUUUAUUAAAGGGCAGUGUUAUUUCAGCCCUUGUUAACUAGAUCAUACUGUACCGUAGAAGCAAAUAUGAAGCAUUCUCAAAAACAUACCCAGCCCCGGGCCAGCUAGACUAAGAUGCUUUAUACAAAUUAGUCUUACAGUGAAGAUUUAAAUAUGGUUUUGUAGAUAUUGCAUUGUAUGGCAACAUGCAAAGUAAUUUAUUUCAAUUUGUUUCUAUGUCACUCACUGCCCCCUUUAGAUGUUUGAUAUAUAUUCAUGAUUGGAUGGAAUUGAGAACACAUGCAUAAAGCCUCUGGCUACUCUUAAAAGCUAUAGUGGCAACUGUUUUUUUUUUCUUCAAUUAUCCUUUCUCUAGGUCAGUACAGGUUUUUUGCUUCAGAAAAAGACAACCAAAUUUUGUAAAGUGUAAAUUGUAAGCACUAGUUCUUACUUGAAACCUCCAAGUUAAAAUAAUGUCACUCUCCAAAAUUAUUCCUAAAGAGCUGUAUGAGGAAAUCUUUACGAUUAGUCCAUGAGAACACCAAGCCUGGCUAUUAGGUAUAAUCUAUGCCUAAAGAUGUCUCUACAUUAGUAUCUCUAAGGCAGAUUUUAAAUUCCUUUUACGUACACAAAUGCAACAUUUUAUUACAAGCUGUUAAGCACCAAACUUACUCAUUACAGGUUUUAGAUUUUUAAAUAUUUAAAUAGUACAUGCUCCGAUGCUAUAAAUUGUUUAUAUAAGGAAGAAAAUUGAUCCUGACCGUUGAGCUUUUAUUUCUCUACUAAAAUAAGUCAUCGUCGAUUUGUAUUCAUAUUCUAAGGAAAUAUUCCAUUGUAUAAUUACUCAUCUCUUAGUCUUUGAAGAACAAUAUUGUAUACAGAGGCUGACAUAAAACGUUAG